AUGGCAACAGCCAAUUUAGCAGCAGAAACGUCUACUGGAUUGCCCAGUCCUGUUCCGGCCUUUUCAAUCUCCCCGGCACACCUGGCACAGCUCCAACCACAUACUUAUACACUCGCACACCUCCAACCUUCUCCCUCAAGCUCGCGGCCGUCGGUACGGAUUAAUGGCAGGACAGACGCACAGUUUCGACCGGCCUCUGUAAGCACAGGCUCGCUUACCCAUACCAAUGGCAGUGCUGUUGUUCGGAUGGGCGACACGGCCGCUGUUUGUGGCGUGAGGGCAGAAAUACUUCAUACUGAUGACAUUGCAUCUUGGAAAGUUACAUCAGACUCGACUUCGAGAAGCACCAAGCGGAGGAAAACUGAAAAUACCGGUACAAUAUCUGAACCGGACCUAGCGAUAGACAAUCAAGAUGACAAUUCGGAUAUCCAGUCAUUCAAUUUACUUGUCCCCAACUUAUCAUUAAGCACCGGCUGUUCGCCAAGUAUAUUUGCUAGUGCUCCGCCUACAGCUCUGGCGCAAUCCCUAUCCCAGCAACUUCUUUCUCUUCUUCACAGCUCGAAUCUUGUUUGCGCUGAAGACCUGCGAAUAUGGUAUACCCCAGAUCCGGUCAAGACACCCCAAAAUGCCAGUGACGAUAUUGAGAUGGAUGAUGGGGGUGAUAACUCUGUUCAAGCUACAGCGAAGGAGCCGGAAGUUAAAGCUUUCUGGACUCUGUAUAUUGACGUCUUGAUGGUUUCACUUGCAGGGAACCCGUUUGAUGUAGCGUGGACAGCAGUAGUGGCUGCGCUUAGAAACACCAAGUUGCCGAAAGCAUGGUGGGAUUUAGAGAGCGAGAGAGUAUUAUGCUCUGAUAGAGUUUCUGAAGCAAGAGGCCUACGAUUACGGGGUAUGCCGAUUUCGAGCUCAUUCUGUGUUUUUGAGGCUCAUGGAAUGGACGAUUGGAGACGGGUAUUUCUUCCGUUUGACCAACAAAAGGGGAAAGGGAAGAAAUUGGGCAGCCCAACUUCUAAUGAUGUGGAUGAAACGUAUGAUAAAUGGGUAUUAGCGGAUCCCGAUGCGUUUGAAGAGUCUUUAUGCCCAGAACGUGUCUGUAUUGUUGUGGAUCUCACUUCACCAAAGUCUCUCGUCAAAAUCGUGAAGCUUGAGAAGAAUGGGGGGUUUUACGUUGGCAAAGAAGAAAUGAAAGAAAUUGUCAACUUGGCUACCUCAAGGUGGAAUGAAUUAAAGAUGGUCUUAGAGGGCUAA